AUGGACAACCUGCAGGUAAUACCUCCAUCAAACCCCGCAAAUGGACACACUCAAGAUAGGUCAAGAAGUGUUUCCUUUUCAAAGCUGAUACCACGUUCUUUUCGCAAGCCAAGUGUAGGUAACUCAGGCACAGAGAUUGACACGGGUCCAGAUGGCUCGGAGGAAUCAAUGGGGUUAGGCACGGUACCGAUGGAAUCUCAAGAUCAAGAAGAUGCUUUGCAAGAAGGGCCAUCAAAAUCAGAGUCACAGACACCCGAAACUUCAUCGAAACAACAGUCGCCUUCUUUGGGCCCUACCCAAGCCGCUAAAUUCUCCACCAGGUUCAAAAAAAUGUUCAAAAGCAGCACUAGAACUCCGGACCCUGAACAGGCUGAAGCUUCUGAGAUAUCCGAAGGCUCAGCAGAUGUGAAUAAUGCAGAGUUAGUGGAAGAACUAUCUGAAUCGUGGCUCAAUUCCGAUGAAUCAAAGCAUGAUAUGAAAUUUCUAAGCCAGGCUCCCACCUCAGCACCACUCCGCGUGGAUGCCUCUAGAGGCCGAGCUAGAGCAAGGUCACCCUCUACUCCAAUAAUGCCUAGUCAUGGUUCACCUGGUAAGUUACAUAAUAGCUCCACGCGAAACUCUCGAAAAGCGAGCACUGGUUCUCAAGGAGGAGGUGUGGUCAACGUUGACCGGCGCGGAACCCGAUCCGACACAGUUCGAGGCAGUAACCCUUACUUUCAGUGCCAAGGCUUACCACUACAUGCCCUGUCUUCUCAGGACUUGAAUCAGCCAAACUCGUCAGCCGUUUCCCGGCAUGACGAAUCCAUGCUAAUGACACCACCACCUACCAGUUCUACGGGCUUGACGUCCUAUCUCCAAACUGAUUACCGGAGCGGUAGUAACAAAUCUCUUAACGAUAUUAACGAAAACGAAGAAGUCGAAAAUUUUGAUUCAAAAGAUCCUGUGGAGUUUCCAGGUACCCCGAAUAGUUUCAAUACCAGGGUUGCACUACCAGCUGCCUCUAAUUCCACAACACCUUCCAGUCCGCUAAUUAUCUCCGAAAUGUCACCGGGUUUUCCGCUUAUUGUUGUGGAUGCCAGUUGCGGUAACGAUGCUCAGCUGGCUGACAUGUCUCCAUUGCCACCUCCGGCGAAUAGUAGCGAUAUAAAAAAUGAACCGGUUUCACACAUAAAACCAUCACUACGGAGAGUUGCCUCAGAGCCAAAUGCGUUGAAAGUGGCCCCGGUACAGUCCAUUUCUGAUCCCGCAAAAGUCAAAAAUGGGCAUUCCGGGUUAGUUGCUGUUACUUCUUCUGCCAAAACCUCACCCACCAAUACAUUCAACAUGGGGACCGACGAACCACAACGGUCUCACAGGCUGCGGAACAAAUCUUUCAGCAACAAAUUCAAGGAAGUGAUUGUAGGACCGAAAUCGUUCGAGAAAAUAAAGCUGUUAGGACAAGGUGAUGUUGGAAAGGUGUACUUGGUGAAGGAAAGGAAAACUAACAGGCUCUAUGCUCUUAAGAUCUUCAGCAAAGCUGAAAUGAUAAAGAGAAAAAAAAUAAAACGGAUAUUAGCCGAACAAGAAAUCUUAGCAACAAGUAAUCAUCCUUUUAUUGUUACACUGUAUCAUUCGUUUCAAUCUGAAGAUUAUCUUUAUCUCUGUAUGGAGUACUGUAUGGGAGGUGAAUUUUUCCGCGCUCUUCAAACUAGAAAGACGAAGUGUAUUAAUGAGGAAGAUGCGAGGUUCUACUCUAGUGAAGUUACUGCUGCUAUUGAGUAUUUACAUCUGAUGGGCUUUAUUUACAGGGACUUGAAGCCGGAGAAUAUUUUGUUGCACAAAUCAGGGCAUAUCAUGCUUUCUGACUUCGAUUUAUCAGUUCAAGCCAAGGAUAGUAAAAAUCCAGUUGUUAAGGGUUCUGCUCAGUCAUCGAUGGUUGACACCAGAAUAUGUUCAGGUGGAUUCAGGACCAACUCAUUUGUUGGAACUGAAGAAUACAUCGCUCCCGAAGUUAUCAGAGGAAACGGACACACUGCUGCAGUUGAUUGGUGGACGUUGGGUAUUCUCAUAUACGAAAUGUUAUUUGGCUUCACACCAUUCAAGGGUGAUAACACGAACAAAACAUUUUCCAAUGUUCUGAAGAAUGAUGUCAAUUUUCCGAAUAAUAAUGAGGUCUCCAGAAGUUGCAAAGAUCUUAUUAGAAAGUUGUUGAUAAAGAAUGAAGGAAAGCGUUUGGGUUCUAAAUUUGGAGCAAGUGACAUCAAAAAACAUCCAUUCUUCAAGAAAGUACAAUGGUCUCUGUUGAGAAACCAAGAACCCCCUCUACUUCCUGUGCUCACUGAAAAUGGCUACGACUUUACUAGACUGUCAGAUAAUGCGAACAAGGGGGGGGUCAAAGUUGGCGGGGCCAGCAAGAACAUUGAUGUAGUGGAUGCAAUGGCAGAGCAAGAAAAAAUAAUGUUCGAAGAAAAAGUUGAGCGUGAUGAUAUUGUCUCUGAUGAUGACCCCUUUCAUGACUUCAACUCUAUGAGUUUAAUGAUGCAAGACAACAACUCUCUCAUAUACGGUGACAACAACUCUUAUGGAAGGGUCUCUUAUACGUCAAACCAAAACCGUUCUAGAAGUAAUAGUCACCGAUUUUUCAAGAGGUGA